CUGAUCAUAGCGAAGUUGCAAAAGUUAUUGCUGGUAUUAAAUGUCAAGCUCAUAAAACCAGAGAUACACCUUCUCAAAUUAUUCAAGAUAAUAUUGCUACUAUUCCAUUAAAUCUUUCUCUUUAUAUGCCUACACAUGAAGCUCUUCAUAUAAGAAUUAAACAGAUCAGAAGUGCCGAAGUUCUACCACAACCUCAGACUCUUGAAGAAAUUGAUGUUUUAGUUUUAUUAUGUUUAACUUUAAAUGGAGAUCU